GUCACGUGACUCGUCAAUGCGUCGUGCUAAUUAAUUUAUGACGCCAUGUGACUAAGAAAGAUGGCGGUAAUAUAUGCUCAAGUGGAGAGAUACCUGCACCUGGUCCAGAAGAGGGCUAAUUAUUCACGAUAUGUAUUUUAUUAUAUCUUUUGCAGGGUAUUUAAGCCCCCUGACAUCUCUCCGACAUCACAUCAGUUCUGCUGACCAUCAGGAUGAAGACUAUUGCUAUUCUCGCCUGCCUUUUCGGUAAGACUUGAUAUAGUGUGUGUGUGGACUUGGAAGGUCUUGUCUUCGGAGAAGUCUUCUGUGUGGCGAAUUCAUUAGUUCCCUAGAUUCAAUGUCUUCGAUUUCUACUCCCUGUUAAAACAAAAUCUUAAUUAAGAAAAAUGUAUAUUUAAUUUUUUUUUAAAAUUAGGUAUGUAUUUUAUCUUUUAUAUUACUGUUUUGGUGACAAAAAAAAAGAGGGGGGGGGGAAUUAUAUUUAGAAUAGAGGCUUACAUUAGAGCAUGAUUUUUACUUUUUAUAGUAAGGUGUCCCCCCCCUCUCCCCCUCACAAACACUCACACUUUUCCUAAACACACACAGCAAAGAAAUAUGGCACUCUUCAUUUAAAUGCUAAAUUGGUCUCUUUCAGCCAUUGUGUUGGCCGAGGAUGACCUGGAAAAGAGGAUUGUCAACGGUGACAAGGCCCAGCUGUAUGCCUGGCCACACCAGGCUUCACUUCAGUUGUACCAGGCACCAUAUGGAUGGUAUCACAUUUGUGGCGCUGUUCUCAUUGGACCAAACAAGGUCAGUUACAUUACAACCAAAGACAAGAUAAAUUAGCCCCAACUUUAAAAAUAUAUAUAUUUAUAUUGGGAGAUAAAAUUCUUAUCAAGAAAUCGUAUUUCGUCUGCUUAUUCAUUUUUACCAUGAGUAGAUUUGUUCAUUUCUGAACUUCUUUCGCUAAAUUCGAUAAAGGAUUUUCCUCAAAUUACUUUUUUUUUUCACAUGAGUUAUCAUAAAACGAGAUUUUAGAGCGUCAUUGUAGAAUGAGAAUUUAUAGCGCCAUGGCGGGGAAUGGAAGAUCUAUUAUUAAUUUAAUGGUUUUCUUUAGAAAGUCAAUCAUCAUUAAACAUCUAGACGCUGGAAAUUUGUAGGUUAAAUUAAAUCCUACUUGUAAUGUCACCGUAAGCUUCUGGUUGGUCCACAUAAGGUCACGUAGGCUUCUGGUGGCAACAGGGCUUACAAUAAAAGAAAUUGAAAAGUAAAUUCUUUUCAGUUUAAAAUGUUUUCAUAGCUUAGAUAAAUAUAAUUUACUGUACAAAGUUGAGAACUCUCUAAACUGACCUUUGAUCUUAGUUGUUGACUGCCGCUCACUGUAUCGAUGGACAAUUGGCUCGUAACCUGCGUGUGGAGGUCGGCGCCAUCAACCUCUACGAAGCCCCUAACGCCUAUGAGCAGACCAUCGCAGUGUCCUCCAUCACCAUGCACCCACAGUACAACGGCAAUGCCAAUGGCUAUCCUAAUGACAUCGGUGUCAUCCGCACAUCAAGCUCAUUCACCUACAACAAGAAUGUGCAGGUAAGUUCAAAAUGACCACACACCAACAUAUUAUGUUUGGUGUCCGGACUAAAAUAAUAAAGUUUUAUUGGAGAAAAUCGAAUAUUUAUAUCCCAUUAAUAAUAAUUUUAAAUAAGGUGUUCUACUGUACAGUGUUUAGUUCUGGUCAGAAAUUGCAUCGCUAUUGGGUUGGAUUUCUCUUUUUGUUGAUAGGGUAAUGCAACCUAUAUCUUAUGUACAUAGAUGUUUUACUUUUUUUCAUUUAUUUAGUAAUUUUGUUACUUUAGCUAUGUGCUAAUUAUGUUACUUUAGACCUGUUCCUCCCAAUAUAAACUAUGCAGCGUUUAUAAAACAUUGGAACAAAUUGAAAUAUAUUUUUGGGGAUUGGUGUGGAAAUGAUAGGAGUUUUGAAUAUCACAUAAUUUUCAAUAAGAUUCCAUUCUUUAUAGAAACUAUUUUCCAUGACAAUGUUAUGGAUGUGUAAAAUUGGUUUUGAUACCAUAAAUGUUCACGUCACAAACCCUUGAGAACCCGAGAAGUUAAUUUGGCCAUCGACAAUUUUGUAUGAAUGGUGUACGUACUAUGCCCAUAUGACAUGGCUCUAGUCAAUAAACACAUUUUCCCCAGCCCGCUUCAUUGGCACCCCAAGGAUCCAGCUUCGCCAACAGCCAGUGCGUCAUCACUGGAUGGGGUCGUACCGUCGGAGGUGGAAGUGGAGCAUCUCACCUGAAACAGGCUUACAUCACCAAGAUCACAACCGCACAAUGCAGAUCUUACUGGGGUGCCUCUGUCACUGACAAACACAUCUGUGUCUUCGAGGCUUCUGGUAGGUCCUAAUGCAGUAAGAUUAAACAAACAAUAUUUACCAAAUGUCGCCUAUUGUUUCCUUUGAAAGUCAUAUUUUUAAACGACAUUUCUAGGGAGAUUCGUCUUUUAUCUUGAAUGUAUAAGUUAUUAAUUUUUGCUACUGUUCUUUUUCGCUUCUAUUUUCUCCGCCUUAUAAUUUCACUGAAAUACCCAAAGGUAAAUUUCCCAUUAAAUAAAGUUUUUAAAAAUAUUUUAUUUCAUUGUUUGUUUUAUAAUAUUCUGAAACAAUGAAUUCUCCAAUGGAUUUUUUUCUCGCACAGACCCAGCCGGUACUCGUCCAAGUGCUUGCAAUGGUGACAGUGGUGGCCCAAUGAUGUGUGGCAACAACUACGGUCUUCUCGCCGGUGUCACCUCCUGGGGUGUCAGCUCUUGCAGUGGUAAGUUUAUAUAAUAAUGUCAUAAUAUUAAACACAAUCUAAGAAUAAUAAUAAUAAUGUAACAGAGUACAGUGAUUCGCUAUUUGAAACCAUUUUUAAAAAGAAUUAUCUCCAUAAUCGUAUACAAUAAUUCCUCUCGCACAUAAAGCAAUCAACACAAUAACAACAUCAUGCGAUCACAUACAUGCAAAAGGGUAAUGAGGGGAGAGACUGCAAUAAAGUUAGCAAAAUAUAAAAUGAGUGAAACAAAGUAUGGUUAAACCUGAAAAAGGGAACGCAACAAAACAGCGAACGUGACGACAGGAAGCCUGCGUCAGCGAAAACAAAAAACACAAAAAAAAAUGCAGAAUAAAAUGUAAAAAUAGCACUUAGCUUAGAAGUCGUUUCCGUGGGCAGCCACUUAGCUUAGAAGUAGUUUCCGUGGGCAGCUGACGAAUUGUGGAGUUGCCGACGCGUUCGUUGUUUUGUUGCCUUCCUUUUUAAAAGGUUUAACCCUACUUUUUUGUAUACUCAUUUCACAUAUAUGUAGCAUCACAAAUUAUAGUCUUAAUAUGACCAAAUUGCUUACAGGUGACUAUCCAAGUGUGUACACUCGUGUGUCCGAGUACAUUGACUGGGUCAAUUCCCGCUAAUCUCAAAACUUAGAAAUAAGGAAUUGACACUGCCGACUGAGCGCCUCGGAUACGUCUGACGUCGUGAACUAUUCAUGUCAUAUCCUGAAACUAUUAUAUUGUAAAAAAACAAUAAUACAAAAAUAAUUUAAAAAACAUAGUUUGUUGCUGCUUUUUCAAAUCUAUUUUUAUAUCAAUAGAUCUAUAUUACAAAUACGUGCUACUAUUGCCAGAAAACAAAAAAAACUCAAUUAAAUUGUAAAAAAAGGUAUUUUUCAUGGUCAGCUGUGUCAUUGGAUUUAGAGUAUGCUAUUGUAAC